UCACCACAAAUCAAGAACAGAUUCGCGAGAUGUUAGAAAAUCUUGCAAUCGUUCAUCAAGUCUAUACUAUUGAGCAAAUACAACGAUGCAAGACAGACAAAAAUAAAGACGGUGUUAUUUUGCCAAGAGACUUGAAGUUAAAUUCCACUAACGAAAGAUUAUAUGACAAUCAGGAUGAUGAUGAGAAACUAAUCAAAGUACACCAAUUACUUGUUACGAACAAGUUUAUUCCCUUGUCGAAGAAUUUAUUCAAAUCAAUCGUUCUUGGCGGUUCGGGUUUCAUUUUCCAAGUAUCUGAAGAUGAAUACAAAAUCAUCAAACAUCCUAUGUCUGCUAUCGUCUUUGGAAGAUCUGGAACUGGAAAGACAACAUGUAUCGUGUUUCGACAGAUUGCUUCAUACCUUAUGAAAUCCAGUCAAUCCAGUAACAAACUUUACAAGACUCCAUCCUUACAUACAAAUGUUAUAGAUGCAAACGUUUUUAACAAAAGACAAAUAUUCAUUACC